AUGGUUAUCAACACCUCGGAAAUCUCCCUUCCAAACAUUUUCAUUGGCCCACCACAACAUAAAUCCGCAUUUAAAGUACAAGGAUUCUUCUCUAGAAAAACCAACGAGUUCACUUAUCUCGGAGUGACGUUUGACAAGAAGCUAUCAUGGAAAAGCCACACUGCUAAAGUAGCAGAACGAAUCUCCAAUAGAUUGAGCGCACUGAAGCGCCUCGUCGGGAACACCAAAGUACAUUCCUUAAUCAAAGGGAAGGCCUUGACCCUGUAUCAGAAGUUACUGCGCAAUCCCAGGGUCAAGUUCUUCAGAACCUACAAAAAUAGGCCAACACAUCUAAUGCAAAAAGCUAUAGAACUGAAGAAAGCAUUACAAAUAGCUGAAAAACCAGAAAACCGUCCUUUAUUCCAACAGAUUGGCCAUUUCAGGAAAGCUGAUACCCCUCCAGAUCAAAUGCUCUCAUUGGCUCUUGUGACCAACAAUGUCAACUAUCCUGCUGAUCAAUGGCUCUAA